ACCCAUUCCAGCAAGGCCAUGACUGGUUGAGAAUUCACGAUUCUCCCUCGUUGAAGAAAAUUGCCCACCGCAUCGAGCCCUCGCCUUAGUGGGAUGCUGGGAUAAGCGAGGUGACGUCGUACGUAGCUAGAAGUAUUCCUUUAGGAAAGGCGGUCUUUUCCAGCAUCAGUAGCAAUGAGAGGGAGUCGCGCAGGUAGGUUGGCUGUUGAAGCACCAGUGGUCGAAGUUCCGCGUCCAACCAACGGCUAACAUUCGAAGUCACCCAUGAAUGCGAAGCUGCGAUAGGCCGCCCCGCGAGUUUCUUCUUGUGUAGCUUCGGAAGGAUGUAGAACGCCGCCGGUCGCCAUCCUCCGCGCGGUUUGUCAAAGAAAAAUUUCCAAAGGCUCUCGGGAAAAGCAGGUCCCCACACGCUUUGCAGAUCACGCAGCUUCCGCACGACGUCGGCGGUAGGAUCUCGAUGAACUGGAGUGUAGGUCGUCGCGUCGUCAAGAUGGUCGAGACAGAGGCGAACGUAGUGACUCCGGUCCAUGACACAGCCUUCUUCAAUUCUUCAGCAGCUACCUUCCGCUGUCGAUCCAGCUCCUUGAUGACGAUGUCAUCUUUCGCAGCUGCGAUGUCGGAAUUCGCCUUCGCAAUGCAUCUCCCCUUGAGCAGUCGAAACUUCUCCUUGGCGGUAUCAGAAACCACCAGAUCGGGGUUAGUGCUCAGGCUUUGAAUAUAAUCUUCCAUCGUUGCAGCUAGAGCGGUGACGUGCGAAUUCGCCGCUGUCUGCAGCUCUUCAACCUCCAGUGCCUUUGAGGCGAUGAAGUCCGCCUGCAGCCGUUUCUGGUUCGCCUCGUGAAUCGCGGCGACGGAUGCAGCAGAUUUCUCUUUAACGGACGGAAGCUUCCUGCGACCACUUGUACCGGCUUCUUCCUCGUCGGAUGGAAUCCAAUCGAAGUCCCACGGGUCGUCGUCACUCAUGGUCUUGGGAAGAGCAGCAGUGCGAAGUCAGUCGCUUGAGCAACAAGAACGAGAGUAAAAAAUCCUAGGCAGAGAUUUGCUUCGUAAAAACUCUUCACUCAAAUUUACCAGGUCGCAAACAUGUUUCGGCUUACGGGGAUCAAACCCGCCGAGCCUUCAUCAGUGCUACUGGACAUAAGAGAAUCACGAGUCUAGGCAUGAGCUAAGUAACAACCCACACCCUCCAAAACAAUUCUCAAGAUUAUCAACUACCCAGAUUGCCUAUCAAUGGGCAUUCGCCAACACAGCAGUGGGUAAAAACCCGAGGUUGCAGGUGUCAGUCUUCAGGAGGGUCUUCUUCCGAACUGUCGAUAAGCCUUGGUAACUUGGCUCGCACAAGUAACUUUUGAAGGUUACGUGCACACCUCCAUGCAAUGAAAAUAUUCCCCAUAUAAAAUCCGCGUGAGUUG